AUGACCAACCCCAAGGUUUUCUUCGAUGUUGCUAUUGGCGGCACCCCUGCUGGCCGUAUCAUUAUGGAGCUCUUCAAGGAUACUGUCCCCAAAACUGCCGAUAACUUCCUUCAGUUGUGCACUGGCGAGCCUGGCUUCGGCUACAAGGGCAGCAUCUUCCACCGUAUCAUUCCUGACUUCAUGUUGCAGGGUGGUGACUUCACCAACUUCAACGGCACCGGUGGCAAGUCCAUCUACGGCAACAAGUUCGCUGACGAGAACUUCAAGCUGAAGCACACUGGCCCUGGUCUUCUCAGCAUGGCCAACGCUGGACCUAACACCAACGGCUCCCAGUUCUUCAUCACCACUGUCACCACCUCCUGGUUGGACGGCAAGCACGUCGUCUUUGGCAGAGUCGUCGAAGGUAUGGACGUCGUCAAGAAGAUCGAAAGCUUCGGUACCCGCAAUGGCGCUCCCCAAAAGGAAGUCAAGAUCACCGACUGUGGUAAACUGUAA